AUGUACGAACAAUACAGAGGCUCUGCAAAGCAGAAAAGUAAAGAAAAUACCAAGCUUACACUGAAAACUGACCGCACGACUACCGAACAAACUGACAUGUACGUACAAUACAGAGGCUUUGCAAGCAGAAAAAGUAGAGAAAAUACCCGCUCUACAUUGCAGACUGACCACACGGCUACAGAACAAGCUGAGGUGAAGGCAAUACAUUACUCUCCAGAAAGCAGAGCGUUGUAUUAUGUCAUUGCAGAGAUAUUCUCAUUUAAUUAA